GAGCCAAUAAUAGUAAACAAAGAGCGUUGUCGUUGUUCUGUUCUUUCUUCAUAUCGGCGUCACAAGCACAAUCAUUCAUGCUCAUCUUCUGCGGCCUGAGGGUCAGCUUGCCUCUUUCCUUGCCUAUCGUACGCUUACGCAGACACUACUAACAUGUUGCCCAAGCCGUGGAUGUUGCUGCUCCUUUUCGGCCUCUUUUGCCAGCUGAGCGUCGCCUACAAACCUGUCGUCCUCGUCCACGGCAUCCUGGCCGACAAGGGCUGCAUGAAUGUUGUUGCCAAAAGGAUCAAAGAGCUUCACCCUGGCACCGUGGUUUACGCAACUGACAGGUUUACCGGGUGGUCCAGCCUGGCUCCCAUGUGGCAUCAGGUAGACGCCCUGGCAGCUGACCUGUUGAACAUUUCCAAGGCACAUCCGGAGGGUGUCCAUCUCGUCGGCUACUCGCAAGGUGGACUAGUCAGUAGAGCCAUCCUGGAGAAGUACCCUGAGCACAACGUGCAGACUUUCAUCUCUCUCAGCUCUCCUCAAGCUGGUCAAUAUGGCACAAAGUUUUUGCACCUCUACUUCCCUAACCUGUGGCUGAAGACGGCCUUUGAGAUAUUCUACUCAGAUGUCGGUCAGUACACAUCAGUGGCCAACUAUUGGAAUGAUCCCCAUCACCAAAAACUUUAUUAUAAAUACAGCGUAUUUUUGCCCUACGCUAACAACGAGAAGGCGUCAAACCAGAGCGCAAUUUACAAACAGGGUUUCCGGAAGCUGAAGAAGUUGGUUUUGAUUGGAGGACCAGAUGAUGAGGUUAUAACUCCAUGGCAGUCUAGCCACUUUGGUUACUACAACGAAAAUGAAACUGUGAUCGACAUGAAGGAUCAAGAUAUCUACAAGCAAGACAUGUUUGGCUUGAAGACUCUGGACGAGAGUGGCCGCAUCCAGAUCAUUACACAAGCUGGUAUCGACCACUUCAGCUGGCACAUCAACCUCUCAGUGAUUGACAAACACAUCAUACCCCAUCUUGACUAGGUUUAGUGACACUCACUUUUCUUGUUUUGUUUGAGAGAGGAUAAUUAUUGUAGUGCAUGACUGAAACUGAUUUUCCUAGUUCAAUGGAGGUGUGAUUCUGUUGAUUAAGUUCGAUUGCAAUUAUCCAUGACAGCACAAUU